AUGCGUCGUGCGGCUCUUCAGGCUUUCCGUACUGCCCGCCGUGUACCAGUAUGGAAAGUCGGUGCUAGGAAACCGUGCGCUGUCUCGUUCUCCAGCAGCCAGCCUCUGGGUCUCCGACCCUCUCCCGGCGGGCGACGUCCCUCAUAUCUUCCUGCGACCCUGCAGUCAUCGAUGCAUCUCCGAAACUUCUCCCUCGCCCUGAUCUCGACGGCGGUCGCCUCGGGCGCUUGGUACGCUUACCAGGGGAGCAACUCCCAGCAGAGCUCCACGGGCGGUCUGAACACGACAUCGGCCUCGCAGAUUCGGUCAAUCGCUACGAGCAUACCAUCGGAGGCACAUGCAGAAGAACCAGCGGAGUCAACCAGACGUGCCCUCCUCGUGGAUCACGAUCAAUUCUACACGGCAACAUUGUCCGGAGAACAACCACUUUUCAAGCAGACAGAUGAUUCCGACCGCCGAGUUCUAGAGAUGUUAACCCCCGAGCAAGCGACACAGAAAUUGAGGAAGAAUGAGCAGUCGUUCAUGGUGAACCGGGGCAAGGGAGUUGUGCGAUACGAUAUCGUCCAGGUUCCGAGCAAUUCACCAAUCGAGGAUGAUCAUGCCGAGAAGAUCGUGGAGGUGUCUCCCUCUGUGGCUCCUGCCAGCGAUUGGAUGUUCUGGGCCAUAUUCGAUGGUCAUUCGGGCUGGACCACUUCGGCCAAACUGCGCAAUGUUCUCAUUUCAUACGUGGCUCGGGAAUUGAACACGACCUACAAGGCUGCGGCCGCCGAUGCUUCGCUCGUCAGCCCAACGUCCGAAGCCGUGGACGCAGCAAUCAAGGAAGGGUUUGUCCGCCUCGAUAACGAUAUUGUGUACAACAGUGUGGAUAAAGUCCUCAAGUCCAACUCUCGGAGGGUUGCUGCGGAGCUGCUUGCUCCCGCGCUCUCUGGCUCCUGUGCCCUGCUCGCCUUCUUUGACUCCCAGUCCAAGGACCUCAAGGUCGCCGUUGCUGGUGAUUCCAGAGCAGUUCUUGGUCGCCGAGCUCCUAAUGGAAAAUGGACUGCCACUCCUCUUUCGGAGGACCAGACCGGCGGUACCCCAUCGGAAAUGAAGCGCCUGCGGGAGGAGCACCCAGGCGAACCUAACGUCGUGCGCAAUGGAAGAAUUCUCGGACAACUCGAACCAAGCCGUUCCUUCGGUGAUGCCUUUUACAAGUGGAGCAAGGAGACACAGGACAAGAUCAAGAAGCAAUUCUUCGGAAGGACCCCUCACCCUCAUUUGAAGACCCCUCCCUACGUCACAGCGGAACCCAUCAUUACGACUACCAAGAUCGAGCCUAGCAAUGGGGACUUUGUGGUCCUGGCGACGGACGGUCUCUGGGAGAUGUUGAGCAAUGAAGAGGUCGUUGGGCUCGUCGGCCAGUGGGUUGAUCAGCAGCGCUCCGGAAAUAAUGGCUCCAAAGCGUGGUUGCAGAGCUGGUUCGGCCGGGAGGAUAAGCAGCUGCCUGUGGAGGCACCCAAGGACACCACCAUGGAGGGCCAGCGCCGCCCCAUCCGCCAGCAGCAAUACGACAUCUCAGGUGUGGCCAGUCGCUUUGUCGUCGAAGACAAGAACGCGGCAACACAUCUCGUGCGCAAUGCCAUGGGUGGAAAGGACCGGGACAUGGUUUGCGCUCUGCUGACACUUCCUAGCCCUUACUCUCGGAGAUAUCGCGACGACGUCACAGUCGAAGUCAUCUUCUUCGGCGACGGCCCCGAUCAGCAAACCAUCACGGUGAACCAGGAAGCCAGCGCAUCGGAAGAAACCCCCAAGGCCAAGCUGUAA